CACGGCGCAUCCGGGAGAUUUACUUCCUGCUCAGUUCGUCUGCACAGUACGGCAAACAUGGAUUCGCCGGCAACAGAGGAAGUUUUGUCUCGCAUUCGAGAUUCCUUGGAACACGAAGGCCACGGUGCUUAUGUCUUUGUCGUUCUCGGUGCCUCGGGAGAUCUGGCAAAGAAGAAAAUUUACCCGACAUUAUGGUGGCUUUUCAAAGAUGGACUCCUUCCUCCAAAGACUUACUUCAUCGGCUAUGCAAGAAGCAAACUUACUGUAGAGGAUGUCAAGAAGCAAUGUCUUCCACACAUGAAGGUGAAGAACGGGGAAGAAAAGAAGGUGGAUGAGUUUUUCAAACUGCAUCAGUACGUGGCCGGGAGCUACGACCAAACAGGAGACUUCUCCAGACUGAACAAGGCCAUCGAGCAGAAGGGCGACCCCAACAGGCUCUUCUAUCUGGCUCUGCCACCCUCAGUCUUCGAGAAGGUAACCCUCAACAUCAAGGCUGUCUGCAUGUCAAAAAAAGACAAAUGGACACGUAUCAUCGUAGAGAAGCCGUUUGGACAUGAUCUGGAGUCGUCCAAUCGUUUGUCAGCCCAUCUGUCCGCCCUGUUUAAUGAGGAGGAGCUGUACCGAAUUGAUCACUAUCUUGGCAAGGAGAUGGUGCAGAAUCUCAUGGUUCUCAGAUUUGCGAACCGCAUCUUCAGCCCCAUCUGGAACCGGGACAGUAUUGCCAGCGUUGUCAUCAGUUUCAAGGAGCCAUUUGGCACUCAGGGAAGAGGCGGAUAUUUUGACCAGUUCGGCAUCAUCAGAGAUGUGAUGCAGAACCACUUGCUCCAGAUCCUGACACUGGUUGCCAUGGAGAAGCCACCUUCAACAGGAGCUGAAGACAUCCGAAAUGAGAAGGUCAAGGUGUUACGAAGCAUCCAGCCGGUGAAGAUGGAUGAGGUGGUGCUCGGCCAGUAUGUGGGCAAGACGGAUGGCAAGGGAGAUGAGAAGGAUGGAUACCUAGAUGAUCCCACCGUCCCCAAGGGUUCAGUGACCCCCACAUUUGCCACUGCUGUGAUGUUUGUGAGGAAUGAAAGGUGGGACGGUGUGCCAUUCAUACUCCGCUGUGGCAAAGCCCUAAAUGAACGGAAGGCCGAGGUGCGUGUACAGUUCCGUGAUGUGGCUGGUGAUAUCUUCCCUUCUGGUGAGGUGAAGCGCAAUGAGCUGGUGAUCCGCGUCCAGCCCAAUGAGGCGGUGUACUUGAAGAUGAUGACCAAAACUCCUGGUAUGGCUAUUGAGUGUGAAGAAUCGGAACUGGACCUGUCCUAUGGAAGCCGCUACAAGGACGUAAAGCUCCCUGAUGCCUACGAGCGUCUAAUCCUGGAUGUCUUCAUGGGGUCUCAGAUCCACUUUGUCCGAUCUGACGAGCUGUUGGAGGCGUGGAGGAUCUUCACACCGCUACUGCACCAGGUGGACAAGGAAAAACCAAAACCAAUUCCCUACGUCUAUGGCAGCCGAGGUCCCAAGGAGAAUGAUGAGUUGUGUGCACGGUACAACUUCACAUACACUGGGACCUACAAGUGGGUCAAGCCCGAUGCCAACUUGUGAUGAGGGAAAUAGCCUUUGUCACCCGACACAUCAUCUCCCGCCAUCUUGUGCACAUCUCUGUGAGGGAUCGGUUGUAGAAGACAUCGUAUAUACCAGACUGAGAGCAUGUUCCAUAAAUCUGUCUUAGUCUUCCAGCUACGAUUAUGUAAUGGAAAUAGUGCUAAGAUGUUUUGUGGAACAGCUGUGAGUUUAGUUCAACAAAGUCACUGAUGGAUCCAGAGGGCGCACUCAACUUAUCUUCAGGCGCCUUACCCGUGAACUGUGCCCUCGACCAAGUCACGAUGUGAAGACUGUCACUUUGUGACUUGGGUAUUACGUGUACUCACCCCUUGUCAAAGUCCUGGAUCCACCUCUGAAAGCGAUCAUCCUACUCAUAUGUGUAUUUUUUUAUUAUUAUUUUUUUACCAAUGUUAUUAUGUUGAACUGCCCGGUGAGUGAUAAAGGCCUUUUAUCUGUAUCUCAAAAUUAUGAUUAGUCAUGAAAGUGUUUCAACUCGGUGAAUGACGUUUCUAGUAGUUCUACUUAUACUGAUCUUAUUCAUAAGUGAAGGAACAAGAGUAUCAGAUACCCUUAACACAUGUGACUUUUACAUGUUUUUUGGUUAUGACCCCGACAUGUAGUCACGGGGACACUUGUGACCCAUUGAUCAGAGGCACUGCAACUUGCUGUACAGAGUUGUGUCCCUUAGCUGGGAUGAGUUGUGUCCCUUAGCUGGGAUGAGUUGUGUCCCUUAGCUGGGAUCAGCUGAUCGAGAUUUGAAUUCUGUGUUUGCACAGAAAAUGAUUCUCGGUUUGUCAGUACGAUUCUGUGGUUGUGGGUUUUCGCCAGAGUUGUAAAUCUGACCUGCAUCACUUUGGGCUUUCUUCCAACUCUCAUACCAUGAUAUAACAGAAAUAGUGUUCGGAGCAGCGUGAAACCUUACUCACUCACUCACUCUUCAGAACAUAUAUUCCACCUGCAUAUGGUUGACAACUCCGCAAUACUUCUGUUCUACCUUUGUCCGUGAUGUUUAUGUAUCCUGCCUUAGAUAUAAUUUCUUUUUGAAACUUGCACCACUUUCAGAUUCGUGAAAAUGUUUGAAUAAUUAAUUAGAAAUAUAUUGUCUGUUUCCAUUUUGGACUGAAAUGUUUAAAAUGUCACCUUUGAUCUCAGAUAUGUUUUGUUGAGCUGAUGUCAAGCUGUUUACUCAGACAAGUGCUCUUAUACUUAAAGUGCUCUCUUAUUAUUUAUUGCAAAAAACUACCAUAUUGUCCACAUUUUCUAUCAUGUUGAAUGGUAACUAUAACGUCAGUCGGUAUUUUAUCCCGGUGUUCUGUAUAUGUUAUGGACUGUCGGGUAGCCUAGUGGUUAAAGUGUUCGCUUGUCACGCCGAAGACCCGGGUUCGAUUCCCGACAUGGGUACAAUGUGUGAAGCCCAUUUCUGGUGUCCCCCACCGUGAUAUUGCUGGAAUAUUGCUAAAAGCGGCGUAAAACCAUACUCACUCACUCACUGUAUAUGUUACAGCCUGUUUGAAAUGUUAGAAAUGUCAAGAUUUAGUACUUGUAACAUUUCAAACAUUGAUAUUGUCUGUUCACUGUUGACUUACUGAUCACUGGGGGUGUCACAAUAUAUCAAUCAUCAUGAAUUGACACCUGACGCUACCAGACAGGAUAUGGCUACCUUCGUAUUGCAUUCAAUUGGCAUUACCUUUCUGUGUGUCACAAAACAGCUAAAUCACAUCAAACUAUCAGAACAAAACGGAAUAAAUCAGUCAUGCAAGUUAAGCACAUAUUGAUUGAUAGCAACAGCCCCUUUUUAGCCGGGCUGCGUGGAAUAUUUCAUGCAAAAUUUAUGCAAAUUAAGUAUUGAUCACUUCGAGUAUCACAGUCUGUGUCAAUACAUGAGCUAAGCAUAUCGUGACACCGUUAUUGAUGAUCACAUUAUGUGUUUUCUCAUUCAUUUGUACCUGCCUCGCCAUAUAUCUUGUCGGUCAAUUAAUCUUAAAGACUAUAUACGAAAGGUAUUUCAAUUUCAGUUUCGUAUUUAUGAACUUCUUUCGAAUUUUUCUUGCAGGAAGGAUGUCUGUAGCCAGUAUUGUCACCAUUUUCUGAAAGUGAAUUUUAAUAAUAUUAAUAGUUUGAUCUUACAAGUUGAUUGAAACGUAAAUAUUUUGAUAUAUUGGUUUGCGGCUUGUUUCAAACUUGUGUAAUGAGGUCUUUGCCAAGUGGGUUUCCAGUUUCAAAUUGAUGGUAGUAAGAGGCAAACAAAUACAUCAGGUGGUCAGACUUAGUGAGUUGGUUGAUUGUGUCAUCUAAUCACAACACCCUGGCGAGUUGCUCACAACAUCGAUCACUGGAUUGUCUGGUCCAGACCCUAUCAUUUGAAGGCAGUCGUGUGUAGCUGGAAUAUUAUUGAGUGCAGCAAUAUACAAACAAACAACAACCUUUGCCUCAUUUUAACAUGCUGCCAAACAUAUGCUAUCACAUUGACUAUUUCUAUUAUAUACACGGGCACUCAAGUCGUUAGUCUUGUCUCAGUUUUGCAACUUAUGUCCUGUCCAGUGAUAGAAUACGACUCCAUAACAUCCCAAGCAUCAGGUUUUUCUGUAUAAUGACAUGUAUUAUAUACUAAUCAAAACACAUUAAGAACACAACAGAUUCGCAAUAGUAAAAAUGAACAAAUCGGGUGGUCCUUAACUUCUUUUGAGUAGUAUAUGCCAUUAUUAAGAUGGUUUUUGUAUUGGGACAUUUGAAACCAAUGAUGACAGAAUCUAUGAUGUUUGUCACCAUGGUAACUUGUACCAUAGUCUUCCACCAACUGUAGUGUAUAUAGAUGUUUGGGUAUAUACUUGUCAGUAUUCAGGGGUAUCUGUACGGUAACAUUCAUGAUGCGAGCCUUGUUGGAAUAGCCAUGCAGAGGAAUGCCAGAACUAAUAAGGCCUUCCACACAAAAGUAAUCUCACGAUUGUCCUGAUUAUCAACCAUGGUUUGUUAUCAUUGCUCAUGGGUUUCACGGAAGAGGUAACCAUGACUGAUCCCCAGCAACCUAGACGAACUUAAAGGCUUGAUGACUUCAUUAAUUGAGUGUCAUUGCACCCCUACGAGUUGCUGAUAAUAUCAAUCACUGGAUUGUCUGGUCCAGACUGAGACGUAACAGACUGCCUUCAUUUAGCCAGAACAUUGCUGUGUGUGGCAUAAUACAACUUGACAUGAGUAAUGCCCCAUUUCACUACGACCACGAAUAUCCCGAAUGUUCGUAGAUAAAUCUUAGACAUUUCUUGAAGUUCUUAAGUGAAUCUUAUUUGAUUCCCAAACAUUCGUACAGUUCGCGGGAGUUCGUCGAAUCAGCGAGAAAGCUUUUGUUUGUCAAAAACUUUCGUGGAAGGGUCCCCGAAUUGCAAUUUCGUGGCUGUAUCGUAAUCCAUUCGUAAUGAAUUCUUAUGUUCCGCAACAGCUUUGUAAUCGAUUCUUUUGCACACUUGGCUAUUCUUAACGAUUCGUGGCUCCCAUAAUUUCUUGUCCUCAACCUGAAAACAUCCCGAAACAGCCACGAAUGACCCGAGUCAACUACGAAUCAUGUAAGAAUUAAGUAAGAACAACUUUCGGCAUAUUCGUAACUUAGUCGUAGGCAAUUUGUGCAUGAUCCGUACAUGAAUCUUGUAAUUAGUACAUGUUUUUUAACCCAUUCCUCAUAUUUUUCAACCCGAUUAGCCAAGAAAGUUUGCAUUAUUGGCCGAAUCAUCACGAAUUUCGAAAGUUUCCGAUUCGGGGUGAUUUGGGAUAUUCGGGGUCGUAGUGAAAGGGUGGCAUUAGUGAGUUGGAAUGAAGACUCAAGCUGGUUCAGAGAUCGAGAGACUCGGCUACAGUUCAGGUUACACACUAAGUUCAGCUUAAGGGACAUAAUAGAGGUAGGCAGCUAAUUAUACCACUGAUUUAGGUGCAGUUCAUCCUCACAAAGACUUUAGAGCGAUCAUCAACACAAGCCUGUAAAUGUUGGAUCCUCUGGAACAAGUUUGCAUUUUUAUUUUGAUCAAUAAUAAAUUCAUAAUUGAUAUGAAUAUACUCGUAUAUGGCCAGUAUUUGGAAUAUUACCCUUGUUAUUGGUUGUGUGAAAUAUUGUAUGACUCACACAGAUCAACUGGGCAAUCAUAUUCGUUUCUCUAUUCCACGUGAGGGCAGGGUGUUAAUUGCUUACUGCAUAAUGGCUUUAAUAUUCACGUCAGGUGUUUUAUCACUGUUUGCCUAUAAUUGGUGCCAUUGAGUGGCUAACAAUGUGUAUAUUUUUAUGAUCAAACUGUCUUGUGGUUGUGCUUGAAGUAACUGGUACAUGGUUUAUGUAAUUUGUUGAUUGUUAUUUUGCAGUACUAAUACAUCUCUGUAUCAGCUAUAUGGUACAAUGUUACCCACCUUUAUCAACAAAGAACAAAGUCAAGAAACCUUUUUUUACAGGACUUAGUCAGACUUGUGAUAAUUCUAGCUGUCAAAUGAAAUAUUGUUAUUUUAUCAUUUAAUCACCUUUUUCAGCUUGAAUGUUGCCAGAUUUACCUUGAAUUAUAGCUUCUAAUCUAUAUAUCCUACUUAUUUCAAAUUGUGUGAGUGUCGGAUGCUACCAGGAGGGCAGGAUAUGCUUACCCUUCUUACAAACACCUGGUGUCGAAACUGAUUGUCAGUGAUCCCUUCAUUGAAUUUUCCCCACUAUUUCGCCCUUUACGUCCAAUUGAAUCUGUUUCGGCAGAUAAUUGAGACUGAUUAUUAUCUGACUUUGACGUUAUAUAUUUACUAUCUCAUUGUAUCUAUUCAACAAAUGAUAAAGGACGUAUUUUGAACACGUUGAAGGGGAAUCUUUGAAAAAUUAACAAAUAAAUACAAAGACUAAUCUAAACAUACAAGAUCCAUUGUGUCAAAAGUGAUUUUCUUUUUGAAUCCUGCGAAAUGUAUGAAAGUGACAUACAUUUCCCUUGUCUGUCAAACACGUGGGUAUUCCGAAGAUGUUUGAAAAAGAUACCUGAGAUAAUUUGUCGUAUGUAAUUUAUGUAAUGUAAUGAAAUAUACCACCAAGCAGCAUAACAAAUUCCUGAAGAGGCAAAAACAUAUAGUUGUUAGAAGACAAAAGCAAAUAUGAUCUUGAACCUUUGAUCCAAACUCAUCCAGUAGAUUCCAUAAGAUGUGUCAGUCAGUAGCCGCCUACCAAUAUGCUGGUUGCAAUGAGUGCAGAUGCAGUUGUUUUGUUGAUUGCGUGACAUCAUGCCCUGAUGGUGUGUGGCAUCGCUCAUAACGUCAAUCACUGGUUUGUCUGACCCAUGCUUUAUUAUUCACGGGCCACCAUAAUAUCUUCUUGGCUUUGGUUUACCAGUGACUUGUAAUAAACUUGAUUAUGAUAUCUUCUUGGCUACUGUUUAAUCAAUGACUUGUAAUAAACUUGAGUAUAAUAUCUUCUUGGCUACUGUUUACUCAAUGACUUGUGAUUAGGUUGAUUAUAAUAUCUUCUUGGCUAUAGUUUGCACAAUAACUUGUAAUAAAUUUGAUUACGAUUUUGAUUUCUAUUCCAUGUGCUGCCAAUGUUAUUCCAAGCAUUCUUGAUCAUUUUUGCAAAGAGUAAUUUAUUGAGUGUGUUUGAUCAUUUUUACAAUGAGAAAUUUAGGAAACACAUACCGGUGUUAAUAUUAGAGCUUUUGUUUCUGUUGCUUGUUACAGUUGUUUAUCUGCGUAGUUAUAUAUUGCAGUGAUGUUUUAGAUGCUGUUUUGUAAUCAAAUACUCCAUGUAGACGAUGAUAACAAUAGGUGAUUGUUAUUUACCUGUAAUACAGGUAUGUAUCUGAUCCAUCCUUUGUAUUUCUUUUGUGACAUUGUUGAAUCAAGAUGUAUUUUGAACAUAUAUUUUAGUAUACAUAUGACAUUAAUUGUUGUCAGCAUCAUGAUUGUUGUUUUCCUGGCUUGGAAAUGAUCAGCAAUCACUGAAAUGAAACAGUUGCAAGUAAAUAUUUUGAAAAUUCUUUGUUGAUUAUGUAGGUCCUUCCAUGCAUUCAUUCAUCAACAUUGUGGUAUCAAGUGUUACAUAUCUCCGGUCCACAAGAUUUCCCACAAUUCUAGCUGAUUCUAAUCCCGUGACGCAGGACAUGUUGUCCUCACAAAAUGGCUUCCAUUCUGUAAUGGACCUGGCCAGAGACAUCAGGACUCACCUGCAGACCACUCUACUCCCACUGUCUGUCCGUGACCAGCUGGUGAUUGAGGGAUGCAGACUUACUACAAUGUUUCUUACUUCUCCAUGUUAAACACUGAAACGUUAAUUGCCAUUAUUGCUGCAGAAGCCUUUGUCAUUUUGACAGCCAAACAGACUCAGUGUAAACAUGUAACUGGUCCAUAGGUAAGUCUAGUUUUGAUAAUGGAAAGUUUCGUUGUAUUCUUUAUAUUCUUGUUGUGGUUUUUCAACAGUAAACAUGUUCAAAACUGUGACUUCAGAAAUCUAUAAGAUGAAAAAUGUUUCCUUGGAAGUAACCUUAUGCUGUUAAAUGUGGUAUGUGCAUGUUUCUACUGUCAGAAAUGUUAGAGAUCUUAUUCCUAAAAUUAAAAAGAAAUCUCUAGUCUGUCACAGAUUUCGAAUGCUGACUUUGCUUUGUUAGCCAGAUGUAGGCUGCAAAUAAGAGUUAAUGAUUGUGUGAAUUUGUACACAGGAUAAAAACUUAAAAGCAUAAAAGCAGUGUAAAAUA